CCGCCGAUCACCGCAACUUUCACACCGUACAAUGUCAACACCCUCAAUUGUGCAUCUACACAUUUAGUCAAUCAUGGGCUGGCUCUGGGGCAGCGGUAACAGUGCGAGUGCGCAAGACCAGCUCGAUCCAUCGCUCCGCGACUUUCUCCAGAAACAAGCUCCUACGGGCCCGAAACCUACAUUACCAUCCCCGCCAAAAGAGAAGCCAAGCGAACCACCAGCACCUACACAAGCACAAUCGCAAUCACAUCCAGCAAUACCAGAGAAACCAGCAGUACCUCCGCAAUCUCAGUUUCAAGAUGGUCGCUACGCCCACCUCUGGAAGAACUACACGCCCCAAAACGUCCUCGACGACCGCGGAAAGUCCGAGCAAGACCGCCUUCGCGACCUCGUGGAUGCAUACAAUGACCGCAGAGCCUCAGUCGGACGAGUUGCCAUGGAAAACUGCGCGCUAGAGUACUUGGAGCAAUUCGAGUGCUUUCGACAUCCAGCGACAUGGUGGUCCGCGGGCACAAUGUGCAACGCCGAAUCACGAAAGUUCAAUCGGUGUUAUGAUAUACAAUCCAAGUUUCUCAAGGCGCUGGGGUACAUGACGAUGGAUGCACGGACGCCUGACGAGGAUGAAAGAAUACAGAUGCAUGCGGAUAAGUUGUACCAGCAGAUGCUGCAGCAGGAGGCCGAGAUUGAGAAGGCGAAAGAGGAGGGGAAGCCGCUGCCAAAGUUUGAGAGUGUGAUGUCGAAACAAAACAUGGCAAGAUCAAUGGCUGGAGCGUCAUCAACAGCCGCGCCUGUAUCAGGGGCCAGGAAUCCGUAUACUGAGGAUGAGACUGAGAAUGACAUAUGGAGUCACAUCAAGCCGGAAUCGCGGAGAGAAUAUGAGAAGAAGCUUGCUGCGUUACCGCCAGAACAACAGGAAAUUGAAAGGAUGGCGGUCUUGGGGGAGUUGAAAGCAUCGACAGGCAUGGCGAAGCAGGUAGAAGAGACGUUUAUUGAAGAGCGGAUACAACGCAUGAAGAGGAGGGAAGCAGGACAGGCCACAUUUGGUGACACUAUCAAGCACUGGUGGGGAUGGGGUUGAAUUGGGCAGCAGCUAAUAUUUGUACAUUCUGUGUACGCUCUUGUAAGAUAUUCGCAAAGUCUGGGCACCUUUGCUUUGACAAUUAUACCUACAUGGAAUGUUGUUUCCAGAAUAGGAUUUUUAACCUCCCCCCAUGCGCA